AUGAUGAAUCAAGGUAGCCACUACAACAAAAUUUCUUCUACAAGUACAGAGUCCUAUUUCAAUGAAAAAACCUUACGUAAACAAAUUUUACGCAGCAUCCUAGAAUGCUUUUUAGCCACAGGGACAAUUCCUGGCAAACACGCCAGCUUGGUAUGUCAUACCUUUAAUGUACUACAUAUAAUAUGCAGUAUAUAUAAAUGA